ACCUGAAUAUAGUGAAGACUACCGAGGCAAGGAUGUCAUGGUACAAUAUCCCGUCAAGCUUGCAUUUUUAUGGUGGCGGAAGAAAAAAGAAUGUCAUGGCUUUUGGUGGGACUAUGUGACAGAAUUCGCCUUGCGUUGCUCAAUGAAGGAAAGGAAGUUCAACAAAGAUUGUGCAGACCAAAUUAUUCAUUCUCUUGGUGUCGAUCUAAAGAAGAUAAACGAGUGCAUUGGAAAUCCAAUGGAAGAUGAAAAGAACCCAAUUCUUGAAACGGAGCAGAAUGCACAGGGUGGAAAAGGCUCACAUAGAGAUACGAAUAUUGUGCCCAGUCUCAAGAAAAAUGGUGUCAAGUACCAAGGGAAGUUGGAAAGGAAAGCAGUUCUCCAGGCUAUUUGCUCAGAACUCCCAAAAAAUAUGAACUUGCCUGCAAUUUAGCAAGAACGCAGGAAGUUAUUCCAGCAUCCUACUAUUUCCACACUUCUUCAUGAUUUCGAUCAAUUUGAAAACUUUUUCUUGGCUCCAUACUCUACUGAUUGCGGGAAUUCGAAUGAGGGAAUAAAUCUAGAUUGUACAGGUGAAGUCCUUCAUGCCGAAGUGCCGAUUAUUGAAGGAAAUGUGCUGGGGGCAGAUCAUCAUGAGCAAUGUACUGCACUAACCAUAACUGAGAAAGAAAAGGAUUUAGGGGAAGAUUGGGGCAAGUGUGAAGAAAUGUUAUUGGAGUUACACUCUAUUGUUCCUCUGCAUAACAAGGAUCUUAUUGAUUUGGAUUUAAUUGAUGAAAUCCUCAAAGCUGCUAUGGAAACCAUAGCUGAAGAUGGAAAAAAUCCUGCUGCAGAAGGUGAAAAUGUUGCCAUCCAAACCAUCGAUAUCGAAGAUAAUGCUGAAAGCCAUGGUUGUCCUAGCAAUGGAAAUGCAAAGAUUUUAGAGCCGAAGCUGGAGGAGAAUGUGAAGGGAUGGACCACUCGGAGAAGGUACAAGAAGGGCUCUGUAGAGUCCAUGCAGAGAAAUGAAGAGAACAAGAUCAAGAAUAGAGUCAGCUGCUCGAUCAUUAGCGAUAAAGCAGGUCAGUAUCAGAUUUCUCAUGCUUAAUUAAUUUCAAUGAACCAUUUCGAGAUCAAAAAACAAGAAUUCUAGUGACUAUAAAUGAUGAACGAUUUCGAGUUAAUUAGUGCUUAUUCUGGUUCUUUGAUCAUCAGGCUUAUCUCCAUAGCCUGGAGUAUGAGUUCCACAGGCUACAGAAGAAGAAUACAUUCCUCAAAAAACUGCUCAAGGUAAUCACAACUCUGUUUUUUCUCUUCCUAUUCUACAUACCAAACAGUUAUUCUACAUAGAGUUUUUCAAGUUUGUAUCUUAUAAUAGUAAUAGAAAAUCCAAAAGCAAUUAAUUUGCGUCGGGGGGCUGUUGUCAUCUGUCUGUUGAUAUUUAUGUUGUUUGUUUACAAAGCUUUGUUUAAGAAAAUAUUUACACACAAAAACUGAUACAAGUUGAUUAUUUUUACUUUUCCAUAUUUAGUUUCUGAAACAGAAUCCAGGAAGUGAGGUGAAAGGAAAACAAUUGAAGAGGAUUGCCUCAGGACCAAUAUAAUGCGUGAGUUUCAUCGAAUAUAAGGCUAUUGAUUCGGGAAAGCCUUCUCAUAGAUUUGGACUUGCAUCUACUCAUGAGACCCAACAAGAUGAAAAUGGAAACAAUAAGAAUCAUGAAGCAGAAGAGGUGAUCACAUUUCCAUGUUGUUUGGCUUUUAUUUUAUGGAUCUUGGAUAAUUUUAGUCCUUGAAUUAGAUUUGCAAUGAUGAAAUUGUACUGUAUUGUAUUUGUUUGCAAAACAUAUAAGCAACCUCUUUUCAUUGCAAAUCACUUGGAAACAUAAUACAAUUGUGAGUAUUGC